AUGGCCGAACAACAGAGACUUCGAGUUUGCAAGACCAAACCCCGGGUCUUCGUCAUCUCGGAUAUCUCUAAUGAGCCCGACGACGCAGAAUCGCUGGUCCGCUAUUUGCUCUACUCGAAUGAAUUCGACACUCGCGGUCUGGUCGCUUGCACAUCGACAUGGAUGAGGUCCAAAGUUCACCCAGAGGACAUGGAAACCAUCGUGAAGGCGUACGGGCAAGUAGUGAACAACCUCAACGCGCACGUACAUCCGGAAAAUCAGUACACUGAUGCUGCUUAUUUUCUAUCCAUCAUCAAGACUGGCCCGUCUCUGUACGGCAAAGAGGCUCUGAAGGAUGGCGUCCCGUUGAGCGACGGAUCGGCAUUGUUGAUAGAACAAGUGGACCAGUCAGACAGUCCGUUGUGGGUGAUUUGCUGGGGGGGUGUCAAUACGCUUGCGCAAGCAUUGAACCACGUCCAAAAAGCCAGGUCGGCGACAGACUUUGCUCGUUUCCGCUCGAAACUGCGUGUGUACACCAUUUCCGAUCAAGAUGACACAGGCGUCUGGAUUCGACUCAACUUUCCGGACAUCUUCUACAUCUGCUCCGUCCAUGGGUGGAAUGAAUACUCAAGUGCUGCCUGGACUGGAAUCUCCGGAGAUAUCUUGAUGCCUCUUGACCUAGGCGGGCCCGAUAAAAGCAAAAUCACAAAAGAGUGGCUGAAAGAGCACAUCCAGAUCGGACCAUUGGGCAAAGCUUACCCCGACUAUGCAUUCAUCAUGGAAGGAGACACGCCCACCUUUCUAUACCUCAUCCAAAACGGCCUCGGACACCCGGAGCAUCCUGAAUGGGGUAGCUGGGGCGGAAGAUAUACGCGCCUCGACCUGGGCGGGUCGACCAACCACUAUCACGAUGCAAGCGACGAAGUCGUCGGGAAAAAUGGCCAGAAAUUCCGCAGUUCCCAUGCCACCAUCUGGCGGUGGCGGGAACACUACCAAGACGACUUCGCCGCGCGGAUGCAGUGGACACUGACCGACGACCGAAGGAAAACGAACCACGCCCCCGUGACAAUUGUCAACGACAGCACACCCGGCCCGGAGCCACUCCUCCUCGAAGCCGAAGCCGGGACAGAGCUCACCCUCGACGCAUCCCAGAGUUACGACCCGGACGACGACACCUUGACGUUCAAGUGGUUCCAGUACAAGGAGCCGACAUCCGCACAGUCCUUGAUUUUCUGGCAAGUCCCCGACCUCGAGUUACAGGCACUGGAUGAAGAUAAUAAAGCCAUCAAAAUCACCAUACCCCCGCCAGAAAAAUGCGCUGUUGAAAUCGUCACCGGCAAGGCGCUGGAGAAAGGCAUGGCCCUCCACUUCAUCCUGCAACUCACGGACAGCGGCUCACCGAGUCUCACGACAUACAAGCGCAUUGUUGUGCAGACGACAAACAAAAACCUUGUAGGUGGUCGAGUGAAGGCCUUUGAAACCGUCACGGCCGCUCUGGAGAAGGACUAG